GUGUCAGUCAACGUAGAAUUUAUUCGCGUAUUUUUCAAUGAAAAAUUUAGUAAACUAAUCUUUCGUGAUAAAAAUCCGUAAACAAGGGAUGUAGUGCUUAAUAUAUAAGCAAAUAUUAGAAUAUCACUCUUUAAGCUCCGUUUCUCAUAUUCGUAGAAAAACCCGACGUUUCUUCGUGUGGAGAUUAAGACGAGCCAUGAAGUUCUCAACAGAAACAUCGAAAAAAACACACAUGUUAAAAUACGUCAGCUUGGUGGUUUUAACUGUCCAAAAUGCCCUCUUGGGUCUUAGCAUGCGCUACGCAAGAACACGAGACGGUGACAUGUUUCUCUCAUCAACAGCUGUCGUUAUGUCCGAAAUCGUCAAAUUAAUAACGUGCCUGAUCAUAGUGUAUGUAGAAACAGGAGGCAUAGUGCAACUUCUUGAAGCAAUCGAUAAACAAAUCAUCCAACAGCCAAUGGACACGCUCAAAGUAUGCGUUCCUUCGUUCGUCUACGUCAUUCAAAAUAACCUUCUGUAUGUGUCAGCCUCACACUUAGAUGCAGCCACUUAUCAGGUUACAUAUCAACUCAAAAUCCUCACUACGGCAAUGUUCGCCGUGCUCAUAUUAAAAAAAGAACUGCUCAAAACCCAAUGGAUCUCUUUAGUUAUGUUAGUCGGCGGCGUCGUCCUCGUGCAAUUGGCGCAGUCAAGUGGAUCUUCGCACGUACACUCAGGUCCUGAACAGAAUCGACUAAUCGGAUUCAUGGCAGCUCUUUCCGCGUGCGUGCUCUCCGGAUUCGCGGGAAUUUUCUUCGAAAAAAUGCUCAAAGGCAGCGACAUUACCGUCUGGAUGAGGAACGUCCAAUUAAGCGUAUGUUCCAUACCAUUCGCGCUACUGUCGUGUUUCGUUUACGACGGCGACAUUAUUUCGAAGCAAGGGUUCUUUUUCGGAUACGAUAAAUUCGUUUAUUAUCUCGUGUUGUUGCAAGCUGGGGGUGGCCUCAUUGUCGCUGUCGUCGUUAAAUUCGCCGAUAAUAUUCUAAAAGGGUUUGCGACGUCGUUAGCUAUUGUUAUUUCGUGCGUAGCAUCCAUCUAUAUUUUCAGUUUUCACUUGACCGCUCAAUUUACUUUAGGUGCAGCUUUCGUGAUAGGCUCUAUAUUUCUAUACGGACAUACUCCGAAGAAAAACACAGCGCCAACGUCCACGCAUAGAGUGUAAAGUAAGAAGAAAAAAAUACUCGGAUGGGUAGUCCUUGGGGAUUGGUUUUCGAGCUGCUUGUAGGUGGGUCAGAUACUGACAUCAUGGCUUUUCGCGAUAUAAAUUUUAGCCAACGGUAAGACAAUGCGAUUAUAUUUUCUGGUACUCGAUAUCUGCAUAUUACUGACAAGUAUGCAUUAAUUGGCCAAAAGUGACGUAAGGAAUUGUGACGUCACUCUCAUCACACCCCAACUACCGCUUAUAACCUAUGUUUUAUACCCUUAUCACUAAGUAUUUAAUGGCCAUUAUUUUACGGAAUGCUUACAAGCAUUAAGAAUGGAUAUUUUAGCAAUUUAUAUUAAGACAACAUUCAGUGUAGAAAAACAAAUACGAUUUCAUUUUUGUUUUUCUAUAUUUUUGUUACGGUAAUCGGUGAUUAUAUUAUUUUCUGGUCAUUAAGUAACUAUGGAUCAAAUAACGGCGGCAUUCGAUCAAAUUCAAUUAACUACAGCAAGUUCAAGAACAGCAUUGUUAAUAAAAAAUAGUCAUUUACCUUUUAUACAAAUUUUACAUUGACGUUAUCAAAUUUAUGAUUUUACGAUGGAUUUUACAAGGAAAGAACUGUAACAACCACUUUUUUGCCUAGUAAAAUCUGGUUAAAAAUAUACUUGUGAACUUGAAGUGUCAAUUCCUUGCAAUAAUAAGAUCUUAUUUAAAAUUGCCAUACAUGUGAUUACAGUAAAAAAAAGCUAGUGAUGUGCAUAUAUUGAUCUUUUUAAUUUAUAUAAUUUUAAUAUAAAAAGUACUUAAUUUUAUGUAAAAUAGUGCAUUAGUAUUUAAUAUUAUGAAAUGAUUUUUAAUAAAUAAGAUUUUUUUAUA